UACUGAUUGACUCUCAAAUGGAGAUUAUUUUAUUUUAUUUUAGAUAUCAAUUUAUAAAACCGAACACACCAACUAUAGCUUACAAAGUACACUUUUGUAUGAUGUGAAGCAACUUUAUCAAUGAAUCUGAAUUCUACUUAAUAAAUACUUAGUCUAAUAAAUACACAUUACCAUGCUUCUGUAAACCUGUUCAAUGCUGAAGCUUAUCACUAGCCAUCUUAAAUCAUUCCAUUCCUUGUUUGUUCCAUUGAGUGCUCAAGAUUUUAAUGACAUUUAUUGAAACCUGAAGUAUGUAUUUCUUCUGAAUGAACAACUCGGAUAAAAGAUAAUGAAGAUGUAAAAAGCUAUCCAUCAUUCAUGUGCCGCGGCUAUAAAUUUCGAAACUAAGAUAUGUGUUCCCUCAGAUUCAUAAUGGAAUGUAUGUAAUUGACAACACCAAAAGUGUACCCCUCGUACUUAACUGUAAAAAAAAAAAGCAAGUAUGAUCAGGUUGAUUGUGUACAGGCAGAUCAAAUCUACACUGUAACUACAGAUUCAUUGUAAGUGUAGCUUUUGUUCAGAGAAUUAAAUGUGUACAUAAAGGAGUAGUACAUGAAUGCAAUAAGAUAUCAUGCUUUUACAUGCAGUUAAACUUGCUAGUAUCCAUAGUGAAACAUCAAGGUGUUAACAUCCCAAGUAGCCAUCAAGAUGGUAACAUCCCAAGCAGCCAUCAAGAUGGUAACAUCCCAAGUAGCCAUCAAGAUGGUAACAUCCCAAUUAGCCAUCAAGAUGGCAAUAUCCCAAGUAGCCAUCAAGAUGGUAACAUCCCAAGUAGGCAUCAAGAUGGUAACAUCCCAAGUAGCCAUCAAGAUGGUAACAUCCCAAGUAGCCAUCAAGAUGGUAACAUCCCAAUUAGGCAUCAAGAUGGCAACAUCCCAAAUAGGCAUCAAGAUGGUAACAUCCCAAGUAGGCAUCAAGAUUGUAACAUCCCAAGUAGCCAUCAAGAUGGUAACAUCCCAAGUAUGCAUGAAGAUGGUAACAUCCCAAGUAGCCAUCAAGAUGGUAACAUCCAAAGUAGGCAUCAAGAUGGCAACAUCCCAAGUAGGCAUCAAGAUGGUAACAUCCCAAGUAGGCAUCAAGAUGGUAACAUCCCAAGUAUGCAUCAAGAUGGUAACAUCCCAAGUAGCCAUCAAGAUGGUAACAUCCCAAGAAGCCAUCAAUUUGGUAACAUCCUAAAUAGCCAUCAAGAUGGUAACAUCCCAAGUAGGCAUCAAGAUGGUAACAUCCCAAGUAGGCAUCAAGAUGGUAACAUCCCAAGUAGCCAUCAAGAUGGUAACAUCCCAAGUAGGCAUCAAGAUGGCAACAUUCCAAGUAGGCAUCAAGAUGGUAACAUCCCAAGUAGGCAUCAAGAUGGUAACAUCCCAAGUAGCCAUCAAGAUGGUAACACCCCAAGUAGGCAUCAAGAUGGUAACAUCCCAAGUAGCUAUCAAGGUGGUAACAUCCCAAGUAGCCUUCAAGAUGGUAACAUCCUAAGUAGGCAUCAAGAUGGUAACAUCCCAAGUAGCCAUCAAUAUGGUAACAUCCCAAGUAGCCAUCAAGAUGGUAACAUCCUAAGUAGGCAUCAAGAUGGUAACAUUUUAAGUAGGCAUCAAGAUGGUAACAUUUUAAGUAGGCAUCAAGAUGGUAACAUCCCAAGUAGCCAUCCAGGUGGUAACAUCCCAAGUAGCCAUCAAGAUGGUAACAUCCUAAGUAGGCAUCAAGAUGGUAACAUUUUAAGUAGGCAUCAAGAUGGUAACAUUUUAAGUAGGCAUCAAGAUGGUUACAUCCCAAGUAGCCAUCAAGAUGGUAACAUCCCAAGUAGCCAUCAAGGUGGUAACAUCCCAAGUAGCCAUCAAGGUGGUAACAUCCCAAGUAGCCAUCAAGAUGGUAACAUCCCAAUUAGCCAUCAAGAUGGCAACAUCCCAAGUAGCCAUCAAGAUGGUAUCAUCCCAAGUAGGCAUCAAGAUGGUAACAUCCCAAGUAGGCAUCAAGAUGGUAUCAUCCCAAGUAGCCAUCAAGAUGAUAUCAUCCCAAGUAGGCAUCAAGAUGGUAACAUCCCAAGUAGGCAUCAAUAUGGUAUCAUCCCAAGUAGGCAUCAAGAUGGUAACAUCCCAAGUAGCCAUCAAGAUGGUAACAUCCCAAGUAGGCAUCAAGAUGGUAUCAUCCCAAGUAGGCAUCAAUAUGGUAUCAUCCCAAAUAGCCAUCAAGAUGGUAUCAUCCCAAGUAGGCAUCAAUAUGGUAUCAUCCCAAGUAGCCAUCAAGAUGGUAACAUCCCAAAUAGGCAUCAAGAUUGUUACAUCCCAAGUAGCCAUCAAGAUGGUAACAUCCCAAGUAGCCAUCAAGAUGGUAACAUCCCAAGUAGGCAUCAAGAUUGUAACAUCCCAAGUAGCCAUCAAGAUGGUAACAUCCCAAGUAGCCAUCAAGAUGGUAACAUCCCAAGUAGGCAUCAAUAUGGUAUCAUCCCAAGUAGCCAUCAAGAUGGUAACAUCCCAAGUAGCCAUCAAGGUGGUAACAUCCCAAGUAGCCAUCAAGAUGGUAACAUCCCAAGUAGGCAUCAAUAUGGUAACAUCCCAAGUAGCCAUCAAGAUGGUAACAUCCCAAGUAGGCAUCAAGAUGGUAACAUCCCAAGUAGGCAUCAAGAUGGCAACAUCCCAAGUAGGCAUCAAGAUGGUAACACCCCAAGUAGGCAUCAAGAUGGUAACAUCCCAAGUAGGCAUCAAGGUGGUAAUAUCCAAAGUAGCCAUCAAGAUGGUAACAUCCCAAGUAGCCAUCAAGAUGGUAUCAUCCCAAGUAGGCAUCAAGAUGGUAUCAUCCCAAGUAGGCAUCAAUAUGGUAUCAUCCCAAGUAGGCAUCAAGAUGGUAUCAUCCCAAGUAGGCAUCAAUAUGGUAUCAUCCCAAGUAGGCAUCAAUAUGGUAUCAUCCCAAGUAGGCAUCAAGAUGGUAACAUCCCAAGUAGCCAUCAAGGUGGUAAUAUCCAAAGUAGCCAUCAAGAUGGUAACAUCCCAAGUAGCCAUCAAGAUGGUAUCAUCCCAAGUAGGCAUCAAGAUGGUAUCAUCCCAAGUAGGCAUCAAUAUGGUAUCAUCCCAAGUAGGCAUCAAUAUGGUAUCAUCCCAAGUAGCCAUCAAGAUGGCAACAUCCCAAGUAGCCAUCAAGAUGGUAUCAUCCCAAGUAGGCAUCAAGAUGGUAACAUCCUAAGUAGGCAUCAAGAUGGUAACAUCCCAAGUAGGCAUCAAGAUGGUAACAUCCCAAGUAGGCAUCAAGAUGGCAACAUCCCAAGUAGGCAUCAAGAUGGUAACACCCCAAGUAGGCAUCAAGAUGGUAACAUCCCAAGUAGGCAUCAAGAUGGUCACAUCCAAAGUCACCAUCAAGACGGUAAUAAUGAGGCAUAAAGAAGUUCUAAUCUUUUUGCGGAGUAGUUCAAAACACCAAUCAUCUUGAGAUUAGAUAUUUGAAAACAAAAACUAACCUCAACUUCAUUUGCUCUUAAUUUUGUAGUUUUUGAAACUUGACCAAGAAUUAGGUGGAUAAUAUUAUUGGACAUACAUAAUGUGGUGGGUUGAGGUAAUAUGUAUUAUAACACCCCUUACCAAUAUUCUGCCUUCAUUGCUCUAAACCAAUGUUUAGAGC